AUGACGUCUGAAAUGAGUGAUUCGAUACCCACCAACCUUACGGAUUCAGGAUCCCAAAUCAUGCACCCCACCAAUAUCCCCGACCAGGCUUCGGAGCCCGGUGACGCCGAUGCCACGUCAAGAGCUCAGCCUAGUCAGGUCCGUUUCUCCUCCAUCACAGAGGAAAUUGAACCAGAUCGAUCCAAAUUGUCCCCUCUACCAGAGCAACCACAGCAAUCUCUGUUUGAUGAGCAAAAUUUAUCUACAGACGAGGAACAAUUACGGUCGCUGGCGAUGAGUAUGCAGGGCGCACAGCUUCAGGAGUCGCGCCUGCGCAACUUCUCUUUCGACGCCAUGUCUCUUCCGUCUUCCAGGGUUGCCUCUCGAGACUCUCGAGACUCGAGCGUUCGUAGCGGACAUGGCAGCGGACAUGGCACCAGUGCCUUUGCCUCCCCACAUGCGUCUCCUCCGGUCUCUGCCGUACAAUCGCCCCCUCUUACUCCAGCUGCAACCCAUUCUCGCGAAGGCAAAACCAGCGAGAGCUCCUCCCUGAAAGCUCAUAGCCGACCCCACGUGCAGACUAAUUUCACCCCUGAAGCAUCACCUCCAGUCGGAUCGACCGACAAGAACGGCACGUCUCGACCCGCUUCCUCCUCCCGACCCGUGUCCACCGAUCACCUGCCCACUAGACAAAGUGAAGGCUCGGAGCGGCCUAACGCUAUCCAACUACCGAGACAUCGUGCGCAGUUCUUCAUUGGAAAUGACGGGGGCUCCCAAGAAGAAAGCCCCCCUCCCACUCCAAGAGAGUCUCUUACCCCGCCAGGUACUAUGACGCCUGUAGGCGAACCUAAUGACCCAUAUGCGCGCCACAAGCGACCACCCCAGUCUAAAAACCUUUCCCAAUUGGAUCCCCGGUUUAUCUUCAGCGGUCGGGACGUCAAGCGAUCAUUUCGUCCGGGAGCUCCACGAUCCACCAGUGCAAGUGACCUCAGCAAGCCUACUGACAAGCGAGGCAUAUUUGGUUCCAAGAAGGAGCACGGCGAGAAGACCCUGGGCCACCAGCAUCAAGGUUCUAUGUCUGAGCUGAAGCGAUUCUUCAAAAUGGGCCAUCGCAACAAGCGAUCCGAGUCCCCGACGUCCAUGCCUAAGAAGUCGAGUCGAUCAUCUGGGAAGUCCACUCCGUAUCAAAUGGCUCCGGACAAUGUUCCUUUUGCCGAUGACCAUGGUUUGAAUUCUAAAUAUGGAAAGCUGGGCAGGGUACUCGGAUCUGGAGCUGGUGGCUCUGUGCGUCUUUUAAAGCGCAACAGUGACGGUGUCACCUUUGCAGUGAAGCAAUUCCGAGACCGCCACAACUGGGAGAGUGUAAAGGAAUACUCCAAGAAGGUGACUGCAGAGUUCUGUAUUGGCUCCACCUUACACCAUGGCAAUAUCAUCGAGACCUUGGACAUCAUCCAAGAAGGCACUCGCUGGUACGAGGUCAUGGAAUAUGCGCCGUUUGAUCUGUUUGCUAUCGUGAUGACGGGCAAAAUGAGCAAGGAGGAAAUCGCCUGUUCUUUCAAGCAGAUUUUGAGCGGUGUGGCUUACAUCCAUGGCAUGGGUUUAGCCCAUCGGGAUUUGAAACUGGACAACGUGGUGGUGAAUGACCGUGGCAUCAUGAAACUCAUUGAUUUCGGAAGUGCCGUCGUAUUUCGCUAUCCUUUUGAGAAUGACAUUGUCUCUGCUUCAGGUAUCGUUGGCUCGGAUCCCUAUCUUGCACCCGAGGUCUACGACGAGAAGAAAUAUGACCCCCGUCCCACGGAUGUUUGGUCGCUGGCGAUCAUCUUCUGCUGUAUGACCUUGCGCCGGUUCCCAUGGAAGCAACCGCGCAUGACCGACAACUCAUACAAGUUGUUCGUUUCCAGCCCAACCCCAGGCACCCCGGUUCCCGAACCAGACCCACGUCGUCGGCCCAAGUCGACACCCGAUCUUCCUUCCGAAGGCCAAGACGCUAAGCGUCUGACUCCUCGCUCGAGCGGACCUUCUGACCAGUCGGGAUCGGAGCAGAACGGAAAUGUAAAUGAAAACGGAGACGAAAACAAAGCAGAGCCCUCGCAGAGGGACGUCCCCCCCCAUGAGCGGCCCACUCGCACGACCAGCAAAGAGGCACCACCGGUUCAGCCAUCCUCCCAGAAUUCUGGGCAGCGCCAGGAAGUCAUCAAGGGCCCAUGGCGACUUCUCCGGAUCUUGCCGCGGGAAAGUCGGUACAUCAUUGGCCGCAUGCUGAAAACCAACCCGAAAAAUCGAGCGACACUCGAUGAGGUACUGUCGGAUGACUGGGUAAGGAACAUUCAUGCAUGCCAACAGGACGGAACUGGUGAAAUUCACAAUGCCCCCGGCCAUACCCACGUCCUCGAGCCCCCCGCUCAGAGCCCUGCCGUGGCUAGCAAAGCUACCAAGGCUAAAUAA